UCUGGUACGUUACUUUACCAGAAGCGAAGUCUGAGUCGAGCGCAUGUGGUUCUGAAUUCUGCUCACCCUGACCUCUGCAAAAACGUGAAACGUUCCUGAGCCACAGAAGCUAUCCCCGGGUUUCUCCCAAGGUUUACAUGUGGCUGCAGACAGCCUCCCCGCCAAUUCCACGGGCCGCCGACAGCAUGAGUCUCUGGCCCUGCUCGCUGCUCGCCGCCUUCCUGCUUCUCGCCGGCGCUCGCCCCGUGCGCGGCGACACACCUGCCAACUGCACCUACCCGGACCUGCUGGGCACCUGGGUCUUCGAAGUGGGCCCGAGCGGUUCCCGCGACCAUGUCAACUGCUCGGUGAUGGGACCACCACAAAAAAAAGCUGUGAUGCACCUUCAGAAGCUGGAUAUGGCAUUUGAUGACCUUGGCAAUUCUGGCCAUUUCACCAUCAUUUACAAUCAAGGCUUUGAGAUUGUGUUGAAUGACUACAAGUGGUUUGCCUUUUUUAAGGAUGUCACUGAUUUUAUCAGUCAGUUAUUCAUGCAGCUGGGAACUGUGGGAAUAUAUGAGUUACCACAUCUGAGGAACAAAAUGGUUAUUAAAUAGAGCGUCUGUUGAGGGGCUCUUUUAAAACCAUAACCAAGAGCAGACUAUGGCUGAGGCAGAGCAGCAUGCAGCAACCGACCUACCUCUAGCAGCUAGCAGAGGCUUCUAGCAGCUCCAGUCUCUUCUGCAGUCUUAAAAUGCAGAGGAAUGCACUUAAAAUGCAGAGGAAUCCUGGUAACCUACCUCCAAGGCUGCUGCCCUCCUGAACAUUUCAUUGGAAAGCAGUAACCACCAUUUUGGAUUGUGAACAGCCAGACUACACAGGAAAAAGAAAAAAAAAAUCCAGAAGAGACAAAGUCUUAGGAGGCUUCACCAUUUAGCCUUCUAAUCAGAGGAACAAUAUAUAGCACUUUUUUUUUUCUCUCUUUUGAAUACUCUUGUAUUGAAAUGAUUUUUCCAGAUGGGUUAGCAUUUGAGUUUUGUGUUUUGUUUUAUUCGCAGUGCAAGAUAAAUUGUCUCUUCUUGAGUGCCUUCCCUUUCUCUAAUUACCUUGAGAAAUCCCAGAAUCUACUGUAAGGAGAAAAUAAGACUUCAGUAUCUCUUGAGAUACUGUUUAAAGGGGGUAAACAAACAAACAAACAAAAAAAAGACAAAAAAAAAAAUGGUGCUUUGAGAUAGGCCACACUGCUGAAGGGUAUCCUGCAGUACCCUGGCCAAAAAGAUGGGACAGGUAAUACUUUUUUUUUUUUUUAAAGUGAGUGCCAUGCUUUUUGCUAAGAACUUGACAGACUUUACCUUAAAAAAACCCCUAUGAAGUAGAUAUUUCUAGAUUCAUUUUACAGAUAGGGAUUAUUGGUCUCAGACAGUGUUUAUGCUCACUCAGCUUUUAACUGUAAAAAGCUAAGGGUUAGUCUUUCAAACUAAAAAACUUCUCUGGGGCUAGAGAGUGGGGAUUGGGAAGUUGUUUUACAAAGAAGUAAUGGUAUCUAGAGUCACAUUGGAUAGAUUUUCUGGUGUAUCCCAGUCUGUAUUUGUCGUAAGUGUUAGUUUAAUGGAAUAUAAUAUGUGCUGUCUUGGUUCCUGUUGAAAUCUUAGAAGAAUUGGCUUGAAGCUUAGGUUCUCUUAGACCUAAACAUUUCUUAAAAUGAGUCAGCUCACUUUCUUUCCCAAGCCAGGGGUAUCCUAUCAUUCAAGACAAAUAUUUAUCUUCUUCCUUUUAUAGUCCCAAAAAUUGGAAGGGGAGUUUUGUAAACCUCAAAUUAAGUACAAUUUAAGUACUCCUACCAAAUUGACUUCUCUUAAUUACAGUAGUGUCCACCCUGAUUGUUAUCGUUUAGCUCUUCAUUGCUAAACGAUGGGCUGGUUUCCUUCUCACUUGAUUAAUUUCAGCUUUGGUAAGUCUAAAAUGAGGGGCUACACCCAGUCAGUUUUAUCCAGGAGGACUUUUUUCCUGCAUCCCUGCUUGAGUGGAGGAAACUUUCUCUAGAGAGCAGUUUGCUAUCAUUACUUUGUCGGUUCAGAUGACUUUUUAUAGCAAAAAGUGCUAGUAUGCUACUCCGGGAAUGUUACAUCUCACAAGAAUGAAGUAGUAACAGUCCAGCCAUACCACUCCUUCCUGGAUACUUUUUUCCACCCACCUCUGGACCUGAUAAAUCCUUCAUCACUCAGGACCUGGGUGCUACCUCCUCUGUGAAACCCUCCCAACUCUCCAUUGAAGUGAGGAAUGGCAUUAUCUUGGUUCUACUUGGUACUUACACUGUUGUAAUGGAAUUACGUGAUAGCAUGUCUUUGACUUCUUCCAGACUGAUAAUCUGUAUUUCUCCCUGUAUAUCUUCAGUACCUACUGCACAUGGAACUUUAUAGGUACUUGGAAAAUGAGCCACACUUCUCUUGUCUUUUCAUAGUUAAUGCCAACUUACAAAGACAUGAAUUUUAUAGUGUUCUAGAAGCACAAAUCAGGAAUGUUGCUUUAUUUGCAUUUUUGGUUCUUUGUUGUUUAAAAAAUUUUUUUUGAUUACCUGCCUCCAGAGGUCUAAAAGUGUUGUAUGCUUUCAAGCUAAUUUUUAGGAUGUAAGUACAGCCAAAAAACCAGCAUGUUUAAGAAUGUAUUUAAUAUGGAAUUGAGAUUCACCUCUACGCUACUGCUAAAGUUUUUAUUUUUUUGUUUUGCUGAGUAACUUUGCAUUUAAUAGUUCAUUUCUAUUAUAGAAGAGAAGACUUGGUGGAUACGAAAUUGGAGAUUUAUGUGUUAGAAGGCCCCACAAUAUAAUAAUGCUGACCAUUCUCUAUCAUAAUUGCUUGCUUGUCUUUCUUUCUGGCUUUUAAACUCCAUGAGGGCCAGGAUCAUAACUGUAUUAGUAAGCAUUUUAUCUCCUAUGUGUAGCACAAUAUCUGACAAAUAACAGGCCUUCAAUAAACAUUUAUAAAUGAAAGAAAGUUAAAUAAUA